AUGCCUUUGGUGUUGAAAAACCUGUACACUGGAGUUGAUGAUGCUUCAAAGAAUUUCCGUACAUGUGUUAGGACUUAUAACAACACAUUUGCUUUUACUUCGCUUGGCAUUCAUCAGUAUGAUAAAAAUCUUUGUAAGCGUAAUAAAGGCAUAUAUACGUUCAAAGUUCAAGGGCAAAUAUAUCAUUUUAUCAAUGACUUAUUGCCUGAUGGUUGUCCGCCGCGCAAUUUGCAACUCUAUUUUUAUGACACUGACCAUGAAAUUCAAAAUCGAGUUGAAAGUGUUGCUAGAUUGGAAGAGAACAUUGUCAAAGCUUUGAUAGAAGUCAUGUCUUGCAAUCCAUACGCAAAUUUCUUUAGAAGUCUUAAGGAUGUUGUUCACUCUGAUGACUUUAGUAUUUUGUUGAACUCUUCACCUUCAUUGGAUCAAAGACUUUAUAAUUCGCCAACUGCUUCUCAAGUUGCUGCUGUAUGGAUUGAAGACUAUGAUGGAGUUGAAGAUAAUAGGAAUAUUAGGGUAUAUGCACAUUGUGGUCGGUCACAAAAUAUUCAAUACUAUUAUGGUUGUUAUGAUCCAUUACAAUACCCUUUGUUAUUCCCAUUUGGUGAUGUUGGAUGGCAUGAGGGUAUUCAAAGAGCCUUGCAAUCAAGGAAUUUACAACCUCUUGGUUAUGUAAAUUCUUUAUCUAUUAAUGCAAACACUCAAUUAUCUGUUGAUGAUCUAAUUCGAGCAGAGGAAGCGGUGUUUCGAGAAGGUAGGAAGCGCUCCUCAAUAUCGUGCAGAGAAUAUUAUGCAUACAAAUUUCAGGUUCGAGCAAGUGAUAAUUCUCUAUUAUUACAUACUGGAAGAUUAUUUCAACAAUUUAUUGUUGACAUAUAUAUUAAAGUUGAAACACAAAGGCUAGAUUAUUUUAGGAAAAAACAACAGUUGUUUAGGUCUGAAAACUUUCAAGGCCUCGUUGAUAGCGUUGGAACGGGUGCUGUGUUUGGUAAUGAGGUCGGACGCAGAGUUAUUUUGCCAUCGUCAUUCAUUGGAGGUCCUAGAGAUAUGCGUGGUCGAUAUAUGGAUGCAAUGUCCCUUGUCCAAAACUUUGGCAAACCUGAUAUGUUUUUAACCAUGACAUGUAACCCUAAUUGGCCUGAAAUUAAAGGCCUUUUGCAAUACAAUGACGAUGCACAAAAUAGGCCAGACUUGAUUGCAAGAGUGUUCCACGCAAAAAUGCAGGAACUUAAGAAUGAUAUUACAAAGAAACAAUUUUUUGGCGAAAUUGCUGCAUACACUUAUGUAAUCGAGUUCCAAAAGAGAGGAUUGCCACAUGCUCAUUUCCUUAUUAUUCUAAAAGACAAAUGUCAUGCAAUGUCUCCUUCUUUUGUUGAUAAUUUUGUAUCGGCAGAAAUACCAGAUAAACAUCUUCAACCUGCGUUGUACGAUCUUGUAAAAAAACAUAUGGUUCAUGGUCCUUGUGGUUUUCUUAAUCCAAAUUGCCCUUGCAUGACACAAAGGAAAUGCAAAUCCGCACCUACUUGUAAAAGUAAAUACCCCAAACUAUUUAGCAAUGCCACUGAGUUUGCUGAUGACUCUUACCCUAUUUAUAAGAGACGCAAUACACCCUUUUUGGUUCAUGUUAAAGGGUUUAAUCUUGAUAAUAGAUGGAUAGUGCCUUAUAAUCCCCAGUUAUUACUUAAGUUUGAUUGCCAUAUAAAUGUGGAAGUCUGUGCCAGUAUUAAGUCUGUGAAGUACAUUUAUAAAUAUAUUUACAAAGGCCAUGAUAGAGUAAGCAUGACUUUGGGUGAUAACACUGAUGAUCGUGUGAUUGAUGAAAUUAAAGAAUACCAAAAUGCAAGAUGGAUCUCGCCCCCUGAAGCUGCAUGGCGCAUAUUUGGAUUUGCAAUUGCAGAGAUGAAGCCUGCUGUUAUACAGUUGCAGAUACAUUUAGAAAACUCACAAUAUAUCAAUUUUUAUGGCCAUGAAAGGAUAACCUACAUAGUAAGCAGAGAAGAGUCGUCUCGUACUAUGUUAACUGAAUUCUUUGCAAUGAAUCUUUCAAGUGAUUUUGCAAGAACUUUGAACUUGCUUUAUGUAGAAUUCCCUUGCUAUUUUGUUUGGUGUAAGUCAAGCAAGUCUUGGAAACCUAGAAAACAGCUUACAGUUAUAGGCAGACUUGUUGCUGUUAAUCCAACUGAGGGAGAACGAACUGUCAAUGGUCAAAUCACUUCAUCUUUUCGUGAUGCUGCUGAAAAACUAGGAUUACUUGCAGGAGAUUUCAUUGUUGAAGCAUCGUUGAAUGAAGCAGUAUUAUUCCAAAUGCCUUCAAGUUUGCGUACUUUUUUUGCAACGCUUCUCAUCUUUUGUGAUAUUUCCAAUCCUAUUUCAUUAUGGAUGAAAUACAAAACACACAUGUGUCAAGACUUAUUAAGGACAGGCUUGCACACCAAUGCUGAGGCUGAAUCAUUAGUCCUAAAGAUGAUUGCUAAUAUAGUACAAGAAAUGGGCAAGAAAACAAAAGACUUCUGCCUAUUUGAUCUAUUGGAAUCUUAUGAUUUCCCAGGACGUGUUACUAAUGAGAUUUUACAUGAAAAGAACCUUCCAGUUUCUGAGGCAGAUCUUUUAGCUAUUCACAAACUUAAUGCUUGCCAGCGAGCAGCUUUCAAAACUAUAACAGAUGCUGUUUUAGGUAAUAAACCUAGUGCAUUUUUUGUUGAUGGCCCUGGUGGUACAGGAAAAACAUUCUUAUAUCGCUGUUUACUAGCAUUUGUACGUUCUAAAGGUUUGAUCGCCCUUGCAACUGCAACUUCUGGCAUAGCUGCAUCUAUACUACCUGGCGGUCGCACAGCACAUUCUCGCUUCAAGCUCCCACUUGAUGGCACUGAUAAGUAUGUAUGUAAUAUAGGUAAACAUACUGCUGAUGCGAGUUUACUUCGCCAUAGUAAAUUGAUUCUUUGGGAUGAAGCAUCCAUGGCACAUAGGAAUAUAGUUGAGAGCCUUGAUAUAACACUUAAAGAUAUAAUGGAUUGUCAAGAUUUAUUUGGGGGAAAAGUCAUUGUAUUUGGAGGAGAUUUUAGGCAAACAUUACCAGUUGUAAGACAUGGAAAGAAAGAAGAUUUCAUUGCAGCAUCUUUGGUUAAGUCAACUUCUAUAUGGCCGCACAUUUGUCGUUUGACUUUAGUUGAGAACAUGCGUGCACAGGCUGAUCCUACAUUUGCAAGUUACUUGAUGAAGAUAGUCUUCGUUAUAUGCAUUGUUUGA